CCCGCGCUUCUUCUCCCUCUGCUGCCCGCGCCUGAGUCUAUGUCCGGACCCAAUGCUCCAGUUUGGGGCAGGGGAUGAUCGUUAAAGGGAUUUGUUUUUCCCGGGCCUUGAAAGGCAGGGGCCGGGAGACUCAUUCCCAGCCCUAGACCGGAUUUGAAAGCUGGGGUAUUUUUGUUUGUUUUUUUUCUCUCCUUCCUUGGAGAACGGAAUUCUUCGUCCCUUCCCCCUUCCAGCUGCGCCAGAUGUUGCCCACUGCUUAGAGAAACUCGGAGAUUCGUCUGGGCAGUUCCUCUCAAUUUGAACACCCACCCUGGCUAGGGAGCCUCGACCUCUCUCUCCCAUCCCCCUCCACCAAUCCUCCAGCCAGUGGCCAGAAGUGGGCUCCGGGCCCAUCCCAUACCCUGACUUUGAGGGCAGCUCUGGCGCCGCCCUAACCUGGCUGGUGAGUCCUGGGGGGAGGGGGAGCUGGGACAGGCCCUGAGUUAGGGCUGUCCUCUUUGGGACCUCCUCCCCCGACCACCCCAGGAAGGAGAGCCUAAAAGGUGGUGGGGAGAGUCUACUAGAAAAGGGAUUUGGGAGGGGCAAACUCAUCUUGGAGGGAGGUGGAGAAGAGCGGAAGGGCAGCCUAUUUGAAAAUUGAGGGGGAACUUCCUUAGGCCCCAGGCCUAGGUGAGGGGUUCAGUAGGAUGUCUCUCUCCAGCUUCUUCCUCUGAGCCUGUGAAGCAUUGGUCCCCUCUCCUGCUGUCGCUUGCAGUAGAGUUUUAUACCCUUUUCCCCAAUCCUCCCCUCUCCUUCCAAGACAAACCAGCAAAGGGGACAGGUUGAGGGAAAGAGGAGUUUCAGAAAGCCCACAGAACUCCUGCCUAUUUUUUGCGCUGGUGCAAAGAGAUCUCCUCUUCCACUCCAGAGCAACCCACAUCUCUGCCUUCCUCUGGAAAACCCUACUUGUUAAAAACAGUGUGGAGAAUGAAGGGUAGGCCCUGCUGCAUCUGGAAUCCUGGGUCCUGACAUUCUGUGUUUCUCCCCUCUUCUACUUCCAAUCUAAGACAGACUAGGAGUUUGGGGGGGGGGCUGUGGUUGUCACCCCCUCCCAUACAUCACAGGCCCCAAGGACAUCACAGAAGACGACCUAUUCCCUCAUCCCCCAGGAACCAUUCCCCAUCCCCAUCUCUGGCAGCCAUCCAUCUGAACCAGGGAGGGGGGAGUACCACUUCAGCAAGUGGACGACAGAAUUCAUCCCGAAGACACACAGAUCCCUGAGCCCUAGCACCAGGGUUCUAGUUCUAUUUAGCUCUCAGCUGAGUCCUGAGGGCUGCAAAGCUGAAACUUUUAACCCCUUCUUUUGCCCCUCUCUCCACCGAACUCUGCCCCUACUGAGCAGUCUCCUGACCUCAUUCCCCUCCUUCUGGGAGUCUCUGCCCCAUCAGGUGAACAGUCACCAGAUCAAAGAAGGAAGAGGAGAAAGAGCGGAGGGACAGGUACCUGGGCUGAGAUCAGGUGGGUGUGGGCUGGGGCUGGGGCAGCUGGGGGGGGGUGCCUUAAAGAUGUGGAGAUCUCCCUGGCCGAGAGGGGCUCCAAGGAGGCAGUGGCAGUGUGAGGCCCAGGGAGAGCAGCAUGGACAGGCCCGUGGCAGCGUGGUGAAGCAUGAACAUCCGGAGUGCCCAGGACCACGGGCAGGCCAGUGACAACCCCAGUGGUGGUGGUGGUGGUGGCAGUGGUGGUAGUGAGAGAGAACGAAUCCGAAGGCGAAUGAAAAUGGUCAUCGGGCAGCUGGAGGGCAUCCUGCAGGAGCUCAAGGAGGUGGCCAAAGAGCUGAGAGAGGUGGUGAGCCAGAUAGACAAGCUGACCUCCGAUUUUGACUUUGAGCUUGAGCCUGACGAUUGGACAACAGCCACGGUCAGCAGCACAUCUAGCAGUGAGAAAGGUGGUGGGAGUGGCCCCUUCGACCUGACCCACCUGGAUUUCAUGACCUCAGACAUCCUCUCUGACAGCUGGGAAUUCUGCUCUUUCUUGGACAUCUCAACCCCUUCAGACUCAGGCGACGGCCCUGAGCCAGCCCGACAGCCUCCCACCCCUGACUACAGGCUGAUGAAUGGAGGCGUGCUUAUCCCCAACGGGCCCCGUAUUGAGACUCCCGACUCUUCCAGUGAGGAAGCCUUCAGUUCUUGUCCCCCUGAGCCCCCCAAGGGCCAGCAGGCCCAUCGGACCCCGGGCACCAGGGAGCGGGUGCGUUUCAGUGACAAGGUGCUCUAUCAUGCUCUCUGCUGUGAUGAUGAGGAAGGAGAGGGGGAGGAAGAAGAGGAAGAGGAUAGGGGAGCCCCAUCCCCCAACCCCCCUCAGACAGAGGCCCAUGUGGCACCCCUCAAACCUCCCCUGGCAUCCUGCAAGCCACGGAGGUCUCCCCUCACAAGCCGGAAUGGGAGUCAUGUCCCUACACUCACCCCAGGGUCAGGGCAGACCCGCAGAGUCACACGGAACACUAGCACCCAAACGGUGUCGGACAAAAGCACCCAAACUGUCCUGCCAUAUGCAGCAACCAGGCAGAAAGUCAAAGGGAAAAACUGAGA